AGACGACCUCUAAAAAGUGCGACACACAAACGAACCACAUGCUGCGGAAGUGCUAGUAGCGCUAGCAAAAUAUCAGUUUUAUUUUGCAGAAUUUACAUCCUAUAACAUUUAAUAACAGUUUAAAUAUCACACCAUGUCGAUUUCAUUGUUAAAAAGGGGGCUCGAACUACUUAAUGCAGAUCUUAAAGUUGUGCCCAAGGAUCAGAAAAAGAAGAAGAAGAAGAGCCCCAGGAAGUCAUCAGUGAUGGAUCAGAUCAGCACCAAUAAGCAGGGUGUUAGGAAGCAGGUCCGACGACUGCAGACCCACAACACAACCAGAAAAAACAAAGCCACAGUCAAAAACAAACAGAUUAAGAACGCCCUAGAGGAAUACAGAAAAAAGCAGAAGAAAAAUCAACUCGAUCACAACCUGAAGUACUUCCUGGGAACCAGCUAUAAGAUGAAGGAAAGCUGUAGCAAGAAGAUCGUGCAGCAGAAUGCAGGACGUCAGUCUCGGUACCAUCCAGAAAAACCCGUCAAGAAACAAGAAAAACGAUCCAUUUUCACAGAGGCAGAAUUCCAAAAGUUCCAAGAGGAAUACUUUUCUAAGCUUUAACCUCACUUAUGUGUGGACACUUGUGUGAUGAUCUAGUAGAGGAGGAAUCUUGCUUUCCAGGAAAAUAUCUGGAGAAGUCACAUGGACAGACAAACAGAAAUUGUAUUUCCAUUUUUGUGAAACCUUCAGAGAUUUCAGUUUGUGGGGUUUUUUUGUUUGUUUUUUCUCCCCUCAAAUAAAGGUUUGAUGGUUUGUUUAAA